CAGCGGCGAACGCUAUGGGUGAGGAGAAGGAGAAGAAGGGGGACGGGGAGAAGAAGAAGAGAGGAGGAAUGGAGGAGGCCGUCGAGGUGAAACUCGACAUGCACUGCGAGGGCUGCGCCCAAAAGGUCCGGAAGGCCGUCAAGAAACUCGAGGGAGUGGAAGCGGUGAGCGUGGAUCCCGCGAACAACAGGCUGAAGGCGAUCGGAAAGGUGGACCCCUGGAAGCUAAAGGAAUUCCUGGAGGCCAAGACCAAGAAGAAGGUCGACUUCAUCUCCCCCAAAGACCCUCCCAAGAAGCCCAAGGGCGACGAGAUGAAGAAGAAGGACGAAGAUGCCAAAGACAAGAACCAGAAGAAAUCAUCCAACGACAAGAAACCCAAACCACCUGCGUCCUCCACGGUGGUGCUCAAGAUUCGCGUCCACUGCGAUGGCUGCAUCCAACGGAUCAAGAGACACAUCCAUAAAAUUAAAGGUGUGGAGGAGGUGACGGUGGACGCGGCGAGGGAUGUGGUCACUGUCAAGGGCACCAUGGACUUGAAGACCCUCCCCGCCGUCCUCGAGGACAGGCUGAAACGCCGCGUCGAGAUCGUUCCUGCGAAGAAGGACGACGGCGGACGCGGCGGCGAGAAAAAGGAGAAGGGCAGCGGAAGUGGAGGAGAGAAGAAGAAGGAAGGCCGUGUAGAGGAGGGAAACAAGGGAGAGACGAGGACGACGGUGGCGGAGGCGAACAAGAUGGAGUACUACGGGCCGCAUGGGGGAUUCGAGGGGUACGGUUACUUCAUGGAGAUGGUUCACGCGCCACAGAUGUUUAGCGACGAGAACCCCAAUGCGUGCUCCGUCAUGUGAAGCCCGUGUGCUCUUUAGACAUUCUAUCGGCAGUUUAUAAACGAGAAAUGUAGAUAACAAUAAUACAAAAGUGGUUGCAGGAAAAAGAAAUCAGAAUGGGGAGAGAGAGAGACAGAGAGAGAGAAGGGAACUUCAUUUUUGUUUAAUGCAUGUGUUCUAUUCUGAAAGUUUUGGAUUUAAGUUUGGAAUUAUACGAAUUCAGCAUGUUACA